ACACGAAGGCACAGAGUUGAUUGGCUGAGCAUGAAGCACGCACCAAUAACAUUCAGCCGGCAGCCGGUUUUAAAUUUUGGCGCUAACACUCCUGAUGUGAGAUGCAUGAUAAUUGAUCGUAAUUCAAAUUAUGAUUAUACGGUACAAAUAGUAGAGCUUUACAGGCCAACAGUUAAGAAUAUUUCGCAUUGUGGGCUAUAAAAUUAUAAAGCUUUCUUUCUCCCAAAUUUAAACGAAAACCUUGGAAAAAUUAACCACUGUCCCAGUUUUUUAGCGUGUGUAUAGUUAAAAAAUCUUAAAUAAAAUUAUCACCUCUUUACUUCCAAAUAAAAUUGAAUUAAUUUAAUAAGAACCUAAAAUUUAAUUUUCCCCGAUUGCCACGUUACUUUCUGAGAAAAUCGACACCUCAGGUUUGUCUUUGUCAGGAUAUCCUAAUUUUUUCUUAGUUAGUUAGUCUAAUAAGCUCAAUGUUUCCAUUCUUGUGUAUACUAACAUUACUAACAGUAGAAAAAUUAAUUAUAUGACCAAAGAACUUAAACAAUGAACAUAUUUUCUAUUUUAAAUAUGAUAGUGCGAAUUCAUUAUUUUCUCCGUUUUGUUGGCUGUUAAAUUGUUAAAAAAUUAUUUCAAUUAUUAUUGUUACAUGGCUGGAAAGGUGCACGUUUCACAACUACCUGACGAAACUUUUAUUGCGUUUCAUUUCCCAGAAGUUGAUGGAAAAGUCUGCAGGUAGAGAUGGAAAUGGUUGGAACAUAUCUUGGAUCCCGAAGACCCCGUCGACCGUGGAGACAGGUUCCACUGGCGUCAGUGACUGGCUGAAGAAGAACAAGCAAAAGUGCGAGACGUGCAGCGAAGGUGGCAAGAAAUGCUGCAGAAGGGACUUCAAGUACCCUUGUCUGCCCAACUGCGAAUGCGUUUUGAUCCAAGUCUGGGCCAACCUGACCCUGACAGACAAUAUUCGAAAGGACAAUGAAGAGAGGCGGAAAUACGAGAAAAAGUUUCCUCCGGUCCCGCGAGUUUCCUGCGAUCAAAAAUUUUUGAAUGCUUGGAGGGUGAAGCCUGAUGUGACGACGAGGCAAUGUCAAAAAUGGCAUUCCUUGAAGAGGUCGAUCAUAACUCCACCGACCAAGGACACCAAGGGCAUAAAUUAUGUUUGGCAAGGCUGGGACCAUUAUGACACAUUUGCGACCACAGCCUCGAAUUAUGGGGGACACCCAACAAACCAAGCUCCAUUGCCUGAUGGGACCACACGGAGCAAUCCUCAGCGAAAAUUAUAAUUACAUUUUAA